AUGACCAACGAGAAUUUCAAUCAAACAGCAAAAAGCGCUGAAUGCGUUUUAAAAUUGUCUGCAAAAUAUUUCGUGGAGAAAAAAGCAUUAAGCGGUAGUAUUGUCGUGAUCAAUAUCAACUCCUAUGAUUCUACUACUCAGAGUUUAUUAUUGCAGACCGUUAAUGGAGGGAUGAAAUAUUCAGUGAUGGUAAAGGAUUCUACCUUUCCGCACGCUAACGCAACGCAUUUCCCCGAGAAAGCGAAGAAUUAUAUGUUAAUUUUAGAAGACAAAUCGGAAUUGACGAGAAAUAUAUUGCAAGUGCAUCAGUUACCAUCGUGGAACCCACUCGCUAAAGCCGUAGUUUAUUAUCAACUCCGGGCAGGAGAAGUGGGUGAAAAUGUUGCUAUGGAUUUUAUAAAUGAACUACGUACUUAUAAACUUCUUAAGAGCAUUGUACUAAUACACGAUGCUUUAGAAGAUGAAGUUAUUUCAUAUUCUUGGAGGCCUUACACUGAUACAAAUUGUGGAGGAGAAUGUGAUUCUGUUUACAUACUUGAUACAUGCAAGGAUGCAAAUUUUGUUGAAGGCGAACAACUAAGAAAUAUAAUUCCCAUAGACAUGAAAGGCUGUCCCCUCAUAGUUCACGCUAUCGUAGCUGAACCCUACGUUAUGAGUCCGUCAAGAAAGAUUUCUAAUUAUAGUGAUAUUUAUGAAUUCGAUAAGGGCGGAGAAAUAAAUUUACGCGCAGCGUUCGACCGAAACUUUGCAGUAGUCGCUUCUAGAAGACAAGCUAAAUACCAGGAUCAAAAUUUAGGCAAAGGUACAAGUUACAUCUACUGUUUUCCAGAAAGUGACAAUUUAUAUAAAUAUAGCGUGGUACUUUUAGCGAGGAAAUGGUUUCCGAUACUUGAUCGGUUUAAUAGUAUCAUACGAAGUGUCACAGAGAACGGGCUCAUAGAAAAAUGGAACAGGGAAUUAUUUAUUCAUCGACCAAAUGUAGAAAGCGUGGGAGCCAUACUUCCGAUGAGUAUUCAACAUCUUUUAGGUGCUUUUGCUUUUAUUCUUAUCAUGUAUGUUCUCAGUACCUUGAUAUUUAUCAGUGAAUUAUUUCUGGGUUAUAUUAAUAGGCGGAAAUUGAUUGUUAAGGCCAUUUAUCCUUUUCAGAAAUAA